CAAACUUCAUUAUACUGUCAAUCUUGUGAACUUUAAAAUUCCAUAUCAAUUUGCCAAUCGGUUUCAAUUAGUCGUAGUUUAGGUUUUUAAAUGAAGUUACUACGGUGUUACAUUCGAUUAAAAUGAUUAGUACGAGUAUAUUUCGUUCACCCAGGGAAUAUUAUAGGUUAAAACUCAAGUUACCAGUAAUCGCUUUUGCAUACCACACAGUGGAAUUAUUUAAAUCAAAGACUAGGUCGGGGGCAGAGCAAGUAAGAACGACAAUAUUCCGAGGCACCUUAGUAUCCGUUACAGUUGCUGCAUUAGUAUGGCUAUCUAUUCUUAUGUACGUUUCUUUUUACUAUGCCUAUGUACCAAAAGUAGCUUACGAAAAACCAGUACAUCUUCAAUUUGAUACCUGUGAAUAUGAGAGUGGUUUAUGUUCAUUUCCUUCUGCUCAUGUUGAACUUACAACAAGGCAACAGUUUUUAAUGUUGGGGCAACCAUACAAAAUGGAAUUAGUUUUAGAAAUGCCUGAAUCACCUGCUAAUAAAAAUUUGGGUAUGUUUAUGGUCUGUGUUGACUUUCGUGGAAAACAAAGAAAGUUAAUUUCAAGAUCUUGCCGAUCAACAAUGUUACACUAUCGAAGUUCUACCUUAGAGUUUCUGUAUACGGUAGCGUUGAGUCCAUUUUUAAUGAUGGGUAGUUUAGAAGAAAAACAAGAUGUUGCUGUUGAAUUGUACGAAGAUUACGAAGAAAUAGAAAAUAAUGCUGUUACGGAUAUUUAUGUGGAAAUUCAAUCAAGAAAAGUUGAGAUUUAUUCAGCAAAGUUUUUAAUAAAUGCUAAAUUUACAGGAAUUCGUUACAUAAUGUUUAACUGGCCAGUUCUCUCUGCUUGUAUAGGUAUUACGACAAACUUAUUUUUUAUCGCUUUAAUUGUCAUGAUAAGCUGGUAUCAAUUGAUCCAUUCAGAAGAAUAUUUAAAAUAUGUUAAUAGUAAAAAACAACUAGAAAUGUUCGACAAUGACUUAUUAAAUGAUGAUGAUUCUAAUUCUUCAUCAGUUGAGGAUGCUUCUCUUCUAGAAAAAGACGUUAAACGUAGAGGAAGUGUUGAAGAUGUGAGUGGACAAGAGUAAAAAUGUUGUCCUAUGAUUUUAAAGGGGAAUUAUCAACGCCAAAGAUAUUGAUUUAAGAUUAAAUAAUAUAGCGUUUAAGUUUAAUCUUUCAUAUUUUAUUAUCUGUUAUUAAUGAGUUAUAUUUUUUUUAAAUAAAACUAUUGUGCUUUUUUUAUUAA